AUGCUUAAUUAAUUAAUUAAUUUCUUUCAUUUGAGGAGCAUGAAUGAUAAAAUUUACAUACAGUUAUAAAUGAAGAACAUGAUUGUUUAAAAUUAUGAUAAUUCUUAUCAAUAAUAUUACCUAUAAUAUCUAAUAUUGAUACAAUUCUAAAUUAACAAUUAUAUUAACCCAAUAUCACUACUAUCAUCUUUUAUUUAGUUCUGUUUUACUCAAGAAUUAUGUAAUUUAAAUAUUUAUUAACAAAAGAGUUGCCAUGACGCAAAAGAUUUGAAAUAACUAUUUCAAUUUUAAGUAAUGAAUGCAGUAGUAAUCGAGUUAACAUUUUAUCAAGAAGCUUUAAGAAUAUAAAAGACAUAAAUUUGGUAAGUAAUUAUUUUCAAAUAACUCAUAUUUUAAUUUUUGAUUGAAUACCUUUUCUCAAUUUUAAAAAGGUUAGCAUGCGAAUAUAUUUUAUUUAGUUUUGGUGAAAAAUUGAAGUAUUCUUGUAGUUCAUUUAGCUAUUCCUAAUUGUAACCUGUUUAUUCAAUAGAUACAGUAUUUUAAAUCAAUAGUUAAAUGAUAUUAUAAAUAUUAAGUAUUCCCAUUUAGAAUGAUUAAUUGAAACUUAAACCAAAUAAAUCAAUAAUUUUUAUUGGAUUUUCUUCAAAAAUCAGACUCAAUUAAUUUAAUCCCUCUUUCUAGUCUACAAUACAGAACAAGCAUUUUCAUUUUUUAAUUUUUCUUAUAUUUUAAUCAUUUAUUUAACGAUAAAUAGUUACUUUAAACUAAAAAUUUAGUGAAGAAGAUUUUAUUUAAAUUAAUUUAAAAGUAUCUUUAAUUGAUUAAAUUAUUGAACUCUCAUUAAUCUGGUAUUUAAUUAAUAUCAAAAAUAUGUUCUAAAAUUCUACUUAUUUGCCUCAAUAUCUUCAUUCUUAGGGUCCUCAUAGAUAAACUCAAAGUAUUCUAAGUAGAGGAGGUUUUGAAAAAAGAAAAGCUAUUGAUCAUUAUUCUUAUGCUAUUGACUAAGAAAUAGGUAAGGGAUUCAGUAGUAGAGUGUAUAAAGGGAGAGACGAAAGAACUUUAGAGAAUGUUGCUGUUAAAGUAAUUGACAUGAAGAAGUUGAAGCAAACAAUACAUAAACAAUUGCUUAAAAAUGAGAUCAAUGCAUUGAAAUCGUUCAAUCACUAGAGCAUUCUCAAGCUCAUUGAUGUAUGUUAAACCUCAAAUAACACUUAUAUAAUCACAGAAUUUUGCGAUUCGGGAGAUCUAGAUAAAUACUUAAGAAAAAAUUUAAAAAUAAAAGAACCAGAAGCCAUUAGAAUAUUACAAGCAUUAGUUAAUGCUAUAAAUGAAAUAAACUUAAAAGGAUUUAUUCAUAGAGAUAUUAAACCAGCCAAUAUUUUGUUAAAAGGAAAUGAGCCCAAAUUAGCAGAUUUUGGAUUCGCUGUUCCUGUUUGGUAAGCAAGAAUUUAGCAGAGAAACAUCAACGUGGGUACUCCCCUAUAUAUGUCCCCAUAAGCCUUGAAACAUUAAGACUACUCUGAAAAAGGGGAUGUAUGGGCUGUUGGAAUAGUUUAUUUUGAGAUGCUUUUUGGUAGAACACCUUUUAAUGCUUAAUCAGAAGCAGCCCUACUAUCUAAUAUUCUUAAUAAAUCUUUAAUUAUACCUUAAACACCAUCUGUUUCUGAGUUGUCAAAAGAUUUUAUUAAAAAAUGCUUGUAAAUUGAUGAUCAUGAGCGACUCAAUGUCAAAGCUAUGUAUGAGCAUUAAAUUAUUUAAUCAAAAAAUUUUUAUUGUUAUUUGCAAGAUGAUUGUUUCUCACAAUUAAAGAAAAUCAAUACACUGAUUAACAAUUCUUAAGCAAAAAAGAGCAAAAGAAGUUUAACUCAAAAUUUAAAGAGAAAUUGUAAUUAAGAUUAAGGUAACCUUGAAAAUGAUGUAAAUGAAGGGAAUAAAAAAUGUUAUGCUUAAUAAGAUGUUCCCUAAAGGUCAUCAAGUUAAUAUUAAUUUUAACUACCACAAUAUAAAAUUAAGCAUCCGUUGAAUAUUUAAGCUGAAAAUACUAAUAGCAUUAAUUUGUAAUAAACGCUCUCCCUCUAAUAGGGUGAUGGAUAUAAAACUAAUAAUUAAAUUCUUAUAUUUUAGAUAAACUAUUGUCGAUACUUAUUUAAGUUUUCAUAAUAUUUAAUCAAUUCUUAAGCUGUUUAAACAGAGAUAAAAGAUAAGAUCUUAUUUGUAUUAAGUAAAUGUAUUGCUGUAAAAAUCAGCCAAUUAUCUAAAAUUCUGGAUAAAGAAAAUAAGGGAGAUAAUCAAAAUUAACUUUAUGAUUAUGAUAAGUAAAAACAAAGUUAAUCAUUUAAUGGAAUUUGUUUAGCAGUUUCUGAAUAUUAAAUUAAGUAUAUGAACCAUUUCUAGAAAAUCUUAAAAUUGGCAUUAAAAAAUAAUUUUUCGAAUGAUCCAAUUGUUGGUAGCCUUUGCAAUAAUUACUUAUACGAGAAUAAUACUGUUUAUGAGAUAGCAUUGCAUUAUUUGAAUUUAAGUCUAAAUAAGUUAACUUAGAAUUUAAAUCAAACAACGGUAGACAGAUAUUCUGAUAAGACGAAUGCUGAAGUAAAUAUUCAUUAGUGUUAGUCAUAAUAAUUGUUGUUUAUUUUAGAAGGAUUGAAAAAUUGUAAGGAGUUAAUCAUGAUGAUCUGGAAAUGUUAAUAUGAUUUAAUUACAUUCUAAAAGGGAUAUUAAAUUGAUAGAAUAAUAGCAUUAAUACCAGGGCAAGUAAAUCAUAAUUAAUCUGAGAAUAAAAUACAAUAUUAUUCUUGA